AUGUUAGGGUUGUCGAGGACAAGAAAAAUAGUUGAGAAGGGGAAAUGUAUAAAAGUGAAUGUCGAGCGGGCGCGCGAUUCAGUCGCACCGCGAUCGAGUAUAGCAGCGGCCACGACAGGUGCGCCGACCACAGCAACGCGGUCACUUCAACGUCGGCUUACCACCACGACUUAUCCUUUACCCGACUCUACAUCAUCCCGACCCCAUGAGGAUGUGAAAGCAAACUCGCUCUAUUUCGUAAUGCAACAAGUAAGUUCUCUAGACGAUAGUGUCGCG